CGCCCUCUAGUGUCUACUGUGAAUAACAACCAGUUGACACUGUUCAACAUCAGUGAAGAUGGCGGAGGGGGAAUUGAACGUGGAUAGCCUCAUCUCUCGUCUUCUGGAGGUGCGAGGAUGUCGUCCGGGGAAGAUAGUCCAGAUGACUGAGGCAGAGGUACGUGGCCUUUGCAUCAAAUCCAGGGAGAUCUUCCUCAGCCAGCCAAUCCUGCUGGAGCUCGAGGCUCCUCUGAAGAUUUGUGGUGACAUCCAUGGGCAGUACACUGAUCUGCUGAGGCUGUUUGAGUAUGGAGGCUUCCCUCCUGAAGCAAACUAUCUCUUCCUGGGUGAUUAUGUGGACAGAGGGAAGCAGUCCUUGGAAACCAUCUGCCUUUUGCUUGCCUACAAGAUCAAAUACCCAGAGAACUUUUUCCUGCUAAGAGGAAACCACGAGUGUGCUUCCAUCAACCGCAUCUAUGGAUUCUAUGAUGAGUGCAAGCGCAGAUUCAACAUUAAGUUAUGGAAGACCUUCACAGACUGCUUUAACUGCCUCCCCAUUGCAGCCAUCAUUGAUGAGAAGAUAUUCUGCUGCCAUGGAGGGCUUUCACCUGACUUGCAGUCAAUGGAGCAGAUCCGCAGGAUCAUGAGGCCAACAGAUGUGCCAGACACAGGCCUCCUGUGUGACCUGCUGUGGUCGGAUCCUGAUAAGGACGUGCAAGGCUGGGGAGAAAAUGACCGUGGAGUCUCCUUCACCUUUGGGGCUGAUGUGGUCAGCAAGUUCCUAAACCGCCAUGACCUGGACCUCAUCUGCAGAGCCCACCAGGUUGUGGAGGAUGGAUACGAGUUCUUUGCCAAACGCCAACUGGUCACACUUUUCUCAGCUCCAAACUACUGCGGGGAGUUUGAUAAUGCAGGCGGCAUGAUGAGUGUGGAUGAGUCCCUCAUGUGCUCCUUCCAGAUCCUAAAGCCCUCAGAGAAGAAGGCAAAGUACCAGUACGGUGGGGUCAAUUCUGGUCGGCCUGUGACCCCACCGCGCACCACCCAAGCUCCCAAAAAGAGGUGAACACCCAGCUGUGGCUUUUCUCCCCACUCCUCGUCAUUUUUAUCCAUUCCAGAUAACCAAAUAACGCCCCUUGAAGAAAGAAGAUCAGGGCUUAUCUGAUUGUCCAAAUCCUACUCCUCUCAGCCAGCCUCUCGUCAAAACCACUGACAGCUUUUUUCUUAAUGUGGAUGUGUAUAUAAACUUGCUGUGAUUUAUCUGUUAGGGUUUUUUGCCUUUAUGUUAAGAUUUUUUUUUUUUUGAUAAAAUUAUUAAAAGUUAACCUAGUUGUGGUUUAAUGCUUAUGCUACUUGAGGUUAUCUGGGAGUCUCUGCUGUUUAAGGAAAGGUUUUGUUUUCCGUCUGAGUGAGAUGACAAGGUUAACAUAAAAGACACAUUUUUUUGGUCUUCGUAAAAAUUAAAUGAAGAUUUGACAUUCUUUUACUUUAACCUUUAAGAGGGAAAAAA